GUUGCAACAGCGAGACCUGUUAGCAGCAUCGAAACGGAGGAAGCAUCUGAUGAUGUCGCUAGGCCGUUAAGCCAUGUGACAAAGAAUAGAGUUCGUCCUCCAGGAAAACGACCUGUCAGUAUGCUACUCAUCAAGAAGAAAGGGUCAGCGGAUAAUCUUAUUGAAAGCCCUACUCACACAGCCUCAAAUGAGGCUGUGGAGAAGAGCACAUUUGGCAGUGCAAUUACUGCCACAACUCCUUCAACAACAUCCCCAACCUCACAUCCUGUGGGUUAUGCACAAAAAAUGCCUUCAUCUACUACACCACCUACAAAAAUUGUACCAAUGCGACCUCCACCAGCAGAAGUGAAGAAGGAGGAAAAAAGAGAACAUUCAUUAAGUGCUCCAAGUAAGUAA